GAAACGUGGGAUUUGCGGCGCAUUUUCUCCACGUUAAUUUGCCGUUUCACUCUUUGCGACACCAAGGAUUAUCGAUAUGCCUCCAAGAAAGCGAAACCGAGAACCGGAGGCGGACGAGUCCGAGGAAGAGCUCGUCGCUCUGCCGUCCGACGACGAUGGCGAAGAAGAAGAAGAAUAUGACGAGGAUGAUGACGAAGAGGACUACAGCGAGGACGAAGAAGACUCCGAGGAGGAAGCUGCAGAAAAAGAAGAGCCCGCUGCUCCUACUCCCGUGACUAAAAAGCGCAAGCUCCAGCCUGCUGCCGACGAAGAAUUGCCCAAAGAGGGGGAGGGCGAGCCAGAAAAUGAGGAGGAGGAAGCCGAGGGAGAGGACGAUUCCGAAGCCGAUGAGAGUCUCGCCGCCACGAAAACAAAGAGAGUCUCUGGAGAAGCAUCUGCGGACCACGGCAAUGGUGAGGUUGGCGUCGCUGAUGACGAAGAGGACGAGGACGAGGAGUGACGGAUGGGAUAUGAUAUACAUGGCAUAUGAAAUAUCCAGAGAAGGAUCUCUAUGGAAAUCGGGUUGGGAAAUGGUUGAAUAAAAUAUACUUUCUCUGGGUGUUUAAUUGAAGGUUGUUUUGAAGGUCGGGUUCGCAUGAUGACUCUGAA